UACUUUUAGUUCGAAAGAAUAUGGAUGAAUGACAUUUUGCUAGACUGUUGAUAAAAUGUCGAAACAGAAGCAGUGUCGCAAUGUAGCACUUGAUAAAAUUUCGUUCAAUCGGCGUCCUAUCGUAACAUACCCCAGAGAUUAAGUUCCUGGGUAUUUAAGGCUGAACGCAGAGGCGAAGUGCUAUCAGAUACAGUUGCAGAUAUUACUGGCGUCGUCUGCUACUGCAGUGAUGUACUGCGUUCGGGCUCUUCAAAGCCAGGGAACACCAUGGCUGAUUGCUGCACAAGAAAUUCAACGGCGAUGCUUUCAUGUUUCGCCACUUGCUGCUGCAGCUCGGAAAGUCGCCAUGAGCAGGUUCGACAAAGACAGUUACUUGCCCUACGAGAAACUUGAAAAGAACCUAGGUAUUGUUAAAAAGAGACUGGCUCGUCCUCUGACAUUGGCUGAAAAGGUUCUUUAUUCUCAUUUGGAUGAACCAGAGAAGCAGGAUAUUGAACGUGGCACAAGUUACCUCAGAUUGAGACCAGACCGUGUUGCAAUGCAAGAUGUAACUGCACAGAUGGCAAUGCUGCAGUUUAUCUCAUCAGGUCUGCCAAGGGUUGCUGUCCCUUCAACAAUACACUGUGAUCAUCUUAUUGAAGCUCAGGUUGGUGGUGAAAAAGAUCUUGCAAGAGCCAAGAAUCUCAACCAAGAAGUGUAUGACUUCCUGAGUUCAGCUUGUGCCAAGUAUGGAAUUGGUUUCUGGAAACCUGGUUCUGGGAUCAUUCAUCAGAUUAUCCUUGAGAAUUAUGCAUUCCCAGGACUGUUAAUUAUUGGUACUGACUCUCACACACCAAAUGGUGGAGGGCUUGGUGGUCUGUGUAUUGGAGUUGGUGGAGCUGAUGCUGUUGAUGUCAUGGCAGAUAUUCCAUGGGAACUCAGAUGCCCAAAGGUAAUUGGAGUAAAGCUGACAGGCAAGUUACAGGGAUGGACGUCACCCAAAGAUAUCAUUUUGAAAGUUGCUGGAAUACUCACUGUGAAAGGUGGCACUGGUGCUAUUGUGGAGUACCAUGGUCCUGGAGUGGACUCAAUUUCGUGCACUGGUAUGGCCACUAUUUGUAACAUGGGUGCUGAGAUUGGUGCAACCACUUCAAUUUUCCCAUACAAUCGGCGUAUGAGAGACUAUUUGGUAGCCACAAAUAGAGAGGAAAUUGCUGAGGAGGCAGACAAACAUGUUGAGUCACUUUUCUCAGCAGAUCCAGGAGCAACUUAUGAUCAGAUAAUAGAGCUGAACUUGGACACAUUAGAACCACACAUCAAUGGACCUUUCACCCCAGAUUUAUGUCAUCCUGUUUCAAAAGUUGGUCAAACAGCUAAGGAGAAAGGAUGGCCUGUGGACAUUAGAGUGGGUCUCAUUGGUAGUUGCACAAAUUCUAGUUAUGAGGACAUGGGCCGAUGUGCAAGCAUUGUCAAGCAAGCACUAAAACAUGGACUCAAAUCGAAGAUUCCAUUCAAUGUAACACCUGGAUCUGAACAAGUGCGAGCAACAAUUGAGAGGGAUGGAAUUGCAGAAACACUGAGACAGUUCGGAGGCACAGUCUUGGCUAAUGCCUGUGGACCUUGUAUUGGACAAUGGGAUCGAAAAGAUAUUAAGCAAGGAGAGAAAAACACAAUUGUUUCUUCAUACAACCGUAACUUCACUGGACGAAAUGAUGCAAAUCCUGCAACACAUGCCUUUGUGACAUCACCUGAGCUCGUUACUGCUCUGUCCAUUGCAGGCACCCUUGACUUUGACCCCAGGAGGGAUACCCUGAAGGGAGCAGAUGGCAAGGAAUUUAAGUUGGAUGACCCCUUCGCUGAUGAACUGCCACCAAAAGGCUUUGAUCCAGGUGAGGACACAUACCAGGCUCCUCCAGCAGACGGUGGCAACUUGAAAGUUAAUGUUGAUCCUAAGAGCCAACGUCUACAACUUCUAGAACCAUUUGAUGCUUGGGAUGGAAAGGACCUCACUGACAUGGCAAUACUCAUUAAGGUAGAGGGCAAGUGCACAACUGAUCACAUCUCUGCAGCAGGACCAUGGCUGAAAUAUCGAGGCCAUCUGGAUAACAUUUCGAACAACCUGUUCAUAGGAGCUGUGAAUGCUGAUAAUGGUGAAAUGAACAAAGUGAAAAAUCAACUUACUGGUGAAUGGGGACCAGUCCCAGAUGUCGCGAGAGCUUACAAAGCUAAGGGUAUUCGUUGGGUAGCUGUUGGAGAUGAGAAUUACGGAGAAGGAAGCAGCCGGGAGCUUGCUGCACUGGAACCUCGUUAUUUGGGUGGUCGAGCCAUCAUUGUGAAGUCAUUUGCUCGUAUUGCCGAGACCAACCUGAAGAAGCAGGGUCUACUGCCACUCACUUUCGCUAAUCCUGCAGACUAUGACAAAAUACAGGCUUCAGAUAAGAUCUCACUUCUUGGACUUCAAAAUCUUGCCCCUGGAAAGCCUGUAACUGCAGAACUGAAACAUGCAGAUGGCAGGAAAGAACAGAUACAAUUGAAUCACACACUGAACGAGCAGCAUAUAGAAUGGUUCAAGGCAGGGAGUGCCCUUAAUCAUAUGAAGAGAAUUGCAGCAGGAAAGUAAAGGAGAUAUGGUACAUCAUUAUUUAUGCAAGAAGUAGACAAUUGAAGGACUGUAACAAGUAAAAUUUUGUGUAUAUGAUGAACAUAUUGUUCUAUGUUCGUAAUACUAGACAUUUGUGAUAGAACAUAUGUGCAGUAAUUUACACACACUGAAGUAUUGUAAGAUAAAAUGAUGGGAAGUCCAGGAUGGAAUGAUAGUAAUAAUAAUAAUAAUAACAAUAACAAUAACAAUAACAAUAAUAAUAAUAAUAAUAAUAAUAAUAUGAAAAGGGUAGACUGCUAGUCAUCACAUAGAGGAGGUGUUGAGCCAUGGAAAGACUCAAUGGAAAGACUGUUAAACUUAACCUUUUGCCACCUUAGACAGUAGUUGUGUGUGUGUGUGUGUGUGUGUGUGUGUGUGUGUGUGUGUGUGUGUGUGUCGCUUCUGAUGGAGGACUUUUCUGUCUGAAAGCUAAAAGUAUAGCAGUCUUUUUCAUUGUGCCUGUCUGUGACUCAAUGCAUCCUGUAUGUGGUGAGUAGCAAUCUAUCCUUUCCAUAUUGUUAGUAUUUAAGACAUUUAUUCUAACCAUUUUAUUGUAAAUGGGCUAUUGUUACACAGUGCCUUCUUUUCUGUAACAAAUUUUUGAUAAUUACUGAAAUCAACGCCAACAUUUAAUUGCCGUACUUAGUAUAUUAUGGUGCUAAUCAUGAUGAUGGUAUGUUACUAAAAUAUUGUGGUCUGCUGUAUGUAAAAAUUAAUAACAGACAUCAGUGGAGCAAGAUUCAUAAAAGUUGAAAAAGAUGCAAGAGAACUGGAAAUUUCUCCUAAAGAUAUCCAGGAGCACAAUCUGCUUGAGAAAAAAUUAUGAAUGUACAAAGAUUUCUAGGAAUAGCUGAAGUUGAAGACAGGGAAGGCUUGGACCAAAGAGAAUAAAGAACAACAUUGGAAACGAAAGGAGGAGGAGGAGGAGGAGGAGGAGGAGAAGGAGAAGAAUGGAGUCAUAUGAUUGUUUACUGAGUAUGGACCAGUGCAGCCCUAAAGACUGUAUCAGUUGAAGUAAGGCUAUUAGUUUUAUAAUCAUUUCCUAAAGCAUGGAAGGAGCCUGGAACAUGCAAAUAUGUUCUACUCAUAACUAGGGUAUUGUGGUGUUACACUUCAAAAAUCAAUAAUUGAAGUGUGUUAAUUUCUGUCUCUGCAGCUGAGACACUUGUUUGCAUUGACAAAUGUGGUAUCUACAUUCCUAUAUGCCUAUUGUAAGAUAGACCCUGAGAGCUUUCUAAACAUUCCAUUGUUCUGUAGUUGGAAUUUCAAUCAGAUUUAAAUAUAACACAUUUUGUGGAGUUUGUUAUUCAGAUGGAAAAUAAAUUGUGGUGCUUACUUCAGAAUAUAAGCUUUUU